UCUAAAAUGUACUCGUUAAAGAAUAUAAAUACGUCUCGCGAUAUUCCUAGCGAAAUGGCUGUAAUUGCAGCGGAAAAAAGUCGUUUAUUCGAAGAAGGAUCGAAAAUAUUUGAGGAUUUAGAAACUGAAAAUGGAGAAGAAAAAAGCCUAAGUGAUGCUGAAGAUUGGUUGAAUGUUUCUGAAGGACUCGAUGUUGAAGACAAAUCGGAAGAACAUGUCGGAUCUGAUUUAAGUGAGAUUGAAGAACUUUCAGAUGCAGAAAGUGAAGAGAUUUUGCAAAAAGUAAAAUCUUUAUCACUUGAUAUCAAACUUAAUUCAGCUAAGACAGUUUAUCAAAUAUCAGAGAAUGAAACGUACGCUAAAAUAUGCAGUCGGCUGAAGAUUAUUCCGAUGUCUGAUUACAAAAAACAAAUGAUGUCAGAAGUGUUUGAUGCCAGUUAUAGAGCAUUAAGUUCUAAAAGCGUUUUUGCACUUGUACAUGCUUUGCAAAUGAAUUCUUCUGUUAAUGAUCUACGACUUACCGGAAAUAACAUAGAUAGUGAAGGAGCUUCACAUUUGGUUACUUUAUUGAAAAAAAAUGUUUUCAUUACAAACCUAAAUUUAUCAUAUAACCAAGUGUGUAAUGAUGGAAGUGAAGCAAUUAGUACUUUGUUAAAAACAUCUUUCUAUAUUGAGAGCAUUAACUUAUCCCAUAAUAAAAUAUACCAAGAUCAAACACAGUUAUUAGCAGAUGGCAUAAAAAUAAGCCAGUCUUUAAUUGAAUUAGAUUUAAGCCAUAACUACCUAUCCAAAGUUGGUGGAACUAUUAUAGGACAGUUAUUAGCAGAGAAUCCAGUUUUGAAAAGAUUAAACUUAAGUUGGAAUGAUAUAUAUGGAAGUGGAGCUAUUCGCCUGAUGUUGGGGUUAAAACAAAAUACAAAACUGGAAGUUCUUCAUCUUAAACACAAUAGAUUUAAUGAUGAUGUGGCACAGUCAAUCAGAGAAAUGCUUGCUGCAAAUAAAACAUUGCAAGAACUUGAUCUGUCAUUUAAUUGUAUUAAUGGCAAAGGAGCAAAACUGAUAGCUAAGAGUCUUGCAAGAAACAACUCUCUCCAAAUAUUUAAACUGGCAUAUAAUCCUCUUGAUACUACAUCAGCUUUGUCAAUUCUAAAAGCAGGCUCCAAAACUUUAAAAGAAUUGGAUUUAGAGGAUGAUCAUCCUUUAGAAAUAAUCAGAGAAUUAUUACAAGAUAAAAUAGAUAUCAGAGAAAUCCUAAUCUGGAGCCAAAAAUCUGUGGAUAGAGAAAGUUUUAUUCAACUCUUCAUGGUAAAAUAUACAGGAUGGUAA